AUGGCGCAGCUGCGCGUGACCGAUUUCUUCCCGCAGAGCAAACAGGGCCCCGCCGGCCCGCUGGGCGCCAAGCGCCGGAAGGUGCAGACCGAGCCCGAGCCCAGCGGCGCCAGCCCCGGCGGGCAGCAGCAGCUGCUGGCCCUGCUGGCUUCUCCGCGCACCCCGCUUGGCUCCAGCGGCCCGCGGGACCCGCCCGGGAGCAGGAAGCGGCGCCGGGCCGAGCUCGACCUGGAGCGGACCCCCGGGGCUGCGAAUGGCAGCCCUGCCCCGAGAGGGGCGAAGGGGGGCUCGGCCCGGAAAAAGCUGCUGAUGCCCGCCGAGGAGGAGGACGCAGAAGGGAGGCCGGUCUCCACCCCCGCUUCCCCGACCGUUUUUGGGCCCUGCAGCCCCUCCAGUCUGGAUAAGAAGGCGAAAGAUUUGGUGAACGUGAUCCUCUCGCCGGGCCCCGAGUCUGAGAAAGCGACGCAGCCUGGCAUGGCCGUGUCAGAGGAGGUGAUCUCCAAAGAGAAGCUGGCAGAGCUGAGAGGCCGCCUAGGGAAGAUCAAUUCACUGGCAAAGAAGGUCAGGUUGCCAGCGGCCUCCUCGAAAACUGAUGGCGACAUACAGCAGAGGUUGAAACGGGCUCGGCUGCUGGAAUCCAAGAUCCGUGAGAGGAAAAAGGCUGAACAGGAAGAGAAAAGAGGAGAUGUUUCUCAACUCCAGCUGGUCACAAAGGAUCCAGAGUCUGCCGUGGAGACCAGCCUGAAGGCUCCGGCUUACCAGCGCUUCCACACCCUCGCACAGGACGUCCCCCCGGGGCUCACGCUGCCGUACAAGUACAAGGUGUUGGCCGAGAUGUUCCGUAGCAUGGACACCAUCGUGGGGAUGCUCUUCAACCGCUCCGAGACCGUGACUUUCAGCAAGGUCAAGCAAGGCGUCCAAGACAUGAUGCGCAAGCAGUUCGAAGAGCGGAAUGUGGGUCAGAUCAAGACCGUGUACCCAACCUCCUACACGCUGCGCCAGGAGAAGAACGUCCCGACCUUUGGCAGCAAUGGGCAGAAGCGAAAUGCCUAUCAGCUGACCAUUGAACCUGUGCUGGAGGCAGGUGAGAAGCUGUCAGCCUCGCGCCUCAUGGAACGCCGGAAAAUAUUCGGCAGGAACCUGGUUAACCUCGUCAAAGGGCAUCACAAGGCUUUCCUGGCGUCCCUCCACCCGCCCAUGGUGAUCCCGGAGCACCAGCUGAGCCGCUGGCACCCUCGGUUCAAAGUGGACGAAGUGCCCGACGUUGUUCCGGCGGAACUGCCGCAGCCCCCCCAGGUGGACAAGGUCACCACGGCACAGGAGGUGCUGGCCAAGGCGCGCGGCGUGCUGACCCCAAAGAUGGAAAAAGCGUUGACCAACCUGGCCCUGAGGACAGCCGAAAGCAGCCCCUCUGCACCGGGGACUCCUCGGCCGGCCCCAUCUGCUCCAGCUGACACACCCAGCAGCCUGAAAGGGGUGUCACAGUCCUUGUUGGACAGGAUCCGAGCCAAGGAAGCUCAGAAGCUGCAGGCGUUAAUGACGCGGAACCCACAACAGGAGCGACGCCUGGACAUGCUGGGCCGCCUGCCGGAGAUGGCGCGCGUCCUGCGCAACGUCUUUGUCGCGGAGAAGAAGCAGGCCCUCACCCUGGAGGUGGCGUGCCAGCGGAUGAUGGCCAGCUACCGUUCCCUCAUGACGCUCGGUGAGAUGGAGAAGCACCUCCGUCUGUUCUCAGAGCUGCUUCCAGACUGGGCAAGCGUCCUCCCCAUCCGGAAAGAGACGUACAUCAAGCUGGACAAAAGCGUGGACCUCAAUGUUGUCACAGAGAGGUUGACAGCAAGAAUGCGGGAAGAGGAGAAACUUUGACUUUCCAUGCUCAGAGCGGGAGCUCUGGGAAAGCGGGUUGGGCGUUAAUCACUGUGAGGUUCUUGUUGAGAUCUACUCUGGGCAAAGACUCUUUUGGCCCAUCAAUAUCUGGAAUUAUUUGUGUAUUUUUCUCCCUUUCCAAUUUGAGGUGCUGGUAAGGCAAAUUGAGAAUACACUGCCUGCUUUUUAAGGAUUAUUUCUCCUUUUCUCCCUUUUUGAUGAAUUGAAAAUGCCAAGCCACAGCCACUAGGGGGCAGCACUCUCAAAACUCCCGGAAUUUCCCUCUGGUUGGCGUUAACUUCAAAGUAACACACUUUUGCCCUGUUUCCAUGUUAAACGAUCUUCCUCGACGCAGCUUUUCCAUGCCGGAUUGGGUGAGGCCCGGAGAAUGACCGUCUGUGCAGCACCACAAAAAUUCUACCCUUUUCAUGACGCGAGAGUUUCCAUGCGCUGAGCUGUGCGGGGACAGACAUGGGCUGCUCUUUCCAGGAAGGGAGUUGGAAUCCGUUUCCUCCAGGUUUUUAAAGGGUUGCUAGCGACGAGGGGGUUGAAAAGCACCUUUUUGAUUUUAAAAAAAGGAUCUGUUGAUUUGAAAUCUGACUUGCAUAUAUGAAC